CAAAUUUAACAAGUGUCGGAUGAUAAUUGUAUUUAUAGCAGUCCCAUUCUGCUUCAAUGACCAAGCCAAUAACUACUGACUAUCCACGCUUAGACUGGACUGUGGCUGGCAGUAGAAUAAAGAUUGGGUUGUUACAUUAAAGAGUUGGAAACUGUCAUCUUACAAUUUUAUGCAGCUUUCCAAAAAUCAACUGGAUCACUUAUGAGAUCCUAUGAAUCGGAUAUCAAGAUUUGCCGUGUCAUGUAAGUUCUACAACAACUAGUGUUGUGAGCACCAUAAUUUUCUGAUCUUAGACUUCCUCUGCCUGGGAAAAGGGUGGGAAAGUGGAAUCUAGGCCUAUUUCUACAGGACAGGGAUUCUCAAGUCGAUUUUUUUUUUAGGUGUGAUGAGCAGAACACACAAUAUCCCAAGUGUGAUUGUAGAGUUAGUUGUUGUUAGUUGCAAAGUCGUGUCCGACUCAUCACGACCCCAUUGUACAGUUUACAGAAUUGUAGUUUACGGGACAGCUCCCGCAAGAAACUAAUAGCAGCAGCUAUUAAGAUAACAAGGAAACAUAGUUUAACAUUUUGACACUUUUCUGUCUUCUGCUCUCACUUCCAGGCAGCCAUGUUGAAGCUGAACAAGACUGACAUCCUGGUGAUCUUAGCGAUCCAGGUAGCAGUUCUCCUCUGUUUCAUUUUUCUGCUUCAGCACGCUCCCCAGGAAAAGUUGACUCAGAAGCAUAUCCUCAUCCUCUCCUCUUGGAGGUCUGGCUCAUCCUUUGUAGGGCAGCUCUUCAGUCAGCACCCUGCUGUUUUCUACCUGAUGGAGCCAGCCUGGCACGUGUGGGCAGCUAUGUUCCAAAACAGCGCCAAGGUCUUGCACAUGGCAGUGCGGGACCUUAUUCGCUCAGUCUUCAAGUGUGACAUGUCCGUCUUUGAUGCAUAUAUGAAUGAGCAGAGGAAUAAGUCUGCGCUCUUUCAGUGGGAGACCAGCCGGGCUUUGUGUUCCCCCCCUGCAUGUGACCUUUUCCAGCGCAGUGACAUCAUCUCCAAACACUCCUGCAAGACUCUCUGUGGAAACUAUCCCUUCAGCAAAGUGGAAGAGGCUUGUAAGACAUACAGCCACGUCGUCUUAAAGGAAGUCCGUUUCUUCGACAUCAAGGUGCUUUAUCCGCUCCUCACCGACCCCUCCCUGGACCUCAGAAUCAUCCACCUGGUCCGCGAUCCCAGGGCUGUUUUCCACUCCCGUGAGAAUGUAGCAAAUGAACUUGCCCGUGACACAAAGAUUGUGGUGGGGCAUAAUAUAAUGAAGGACAUGAAGCCCUAUGCCGCCAUGAAGGCAAUUUGCAAAAGCCACAUUGACAUACACAUGGAGGUCAAGCAGUCCCUGAAAGAUCGCUACAUUUUGGUGCGCUAUGAGGAUAUUGUAAAGGCUCCCUUGGAAGGAGCUGCUCAGCUGUAUCGGUUUGCAGGGCUUCCCUUCCUUCCCAGUCUUCAGUCCUGGGUGCAGCACAUCACACAUGGCCAAGGCCUCGGUAGCAAGGUCUUUGAUACCGAUGCCAGAGAUGCAAUGAAUGUGUCACAGGCUUGGAGAAAGACUCUUUCUUAUCUCCAAACAGCAAUGUUACAAAAUAUCUGCAAGGAAGCUAUGAAACGUUUGGGUUACCGGCCUGCUAGAUCUGAGGAUGAACAAAAGAACAUGGCAUUUGACCUCUUGGCCAAGUUGAAUAUAAAAACUGCCCAUCCAGCUUCUAGCAGUUCAAAGCAUCACAAGUAG